GAUUCAUCAGUUGAAAUAUGAUGUUUGCAUUUCCAAUAGCUUUGUUGUCGGUAGUACUGGUGGUUGAUUCUCAAUACCAUCAAACAACAACUCAAGUGAGUUGUGGAAUCAAUGAGCAAUACUCUCCGUGUACUCAAAUGUGCCCACCAACAUGUGAAUCUCCAAACCCACAAUGCAGAGUUGACUGCACCCGUCCAUCUUGUACCUGCUUGCCAGGCCACGUCUACUCAAACUCCCGUCAAUGCAUCCCAGCCAAUUCUUGCUACCAAACUCAAUCGCUUCGCUGCCGAAUGAACAACGACUGUCGUCCAGGAAUGUAUUGCAUCAAUGGAUACUGUGGCGCAGCAUCAGGAGUUUAUACGAGAACGGUUGUGAGCUCAUCCUCUUUGUCAUCCUCAUCUUCUGGUCAUCGUCAUCACUCUCACCGAUCGCAAGGCGAGUGCUCCCUAGAUGUGCAUUGUGAUCAUCGUAAAAUUUGUAUCGAUGGAAUUUGUGUUUAUGCAGACCGCAGUGAUCGUUAUAAUUAAAAUAUUUCGAAUGAAGCUAAACAACAUUAUC